AACUUACAUUACUGUUACAACCUGUUGACAACCGUUUGUUACAAUGGAUUUAGACAUUUCUAAUAAAAUAAAAUUUUUGGAAUUAGUUGGAAAACUUAAGCAUUUACCAAGAACUGGUUGGGUGCUUAGAAAUGUUAAAGACCCAGAAACUGUUGCUGGACACAUGUACAGAAUGGCUAUGAUGAUGUUUUUGAUCGAAGAUAAUGAUAUUGAAAAAAGUAGGUGCAUGGAAAUGGCACUAGUUCAUGAUUUAGCUGAAAGUAUAAUCGGUGAUUAUACCCCAUAUUGUGGUAUUUCACGUGAAGAAAAAUAUAAAAAGGAAUGUGAAGCUAUGAAAGAGAUUGGUGAUCUUGUUGGAAAAAAUGGUGAUUACAUAAAUACUCUGUUUCUUGAGUUUGAAGAACAAAAGACUAAAGAAGCUAAAUUAAUUAAAGAAUUGGAUUUAUUUGAUAUGGCUUUACAGGCCUAUGAGUAUGAGAAAAAGGAAGAAUCUCCUGGUAGGUUACAAGAAUUCAUUGAUUCAACCUCCAAUAGGUUUUCUCAUCCACUGAUUAUUAAACUCUACACUGAAAUGUUGAAAAAUAGGGAUAAAGAGAUAUCAGUGGUCAGCAAGUAGGUAGACUGGAGAAAAGGUUAAUGAGGGAAAUUGACUGGUUUGAACAGAAUCUUUCAUAGGGAAAUGAAUAUCUGUUACUGUUGCAAUAUUUUAAAUUUUGCAGAUCCUCCUCUUUUUUGUUUUUAAGUUAUGACUUGUUAUACAUAUAAUAUGUUAUAAAUAUAAAAAAAGUAUUAUUUUAUGAUAUCAUACCUAG